CCGGCGAGCCCCAGUCCCGGCCCCCGGCCCCGGGCCCGGCUCCGGCAUGGAUGUGAGAUUCUACCCCGCGGCGGCCGGGGACCCCGCCGGCCUGGACUUCGCGCAGUGCCUGGGGUACUACGGCUACAGCAAGUUUGGAAAUAACAAUAACUACAUGAAUAUGGCUGAAGCAAACAACGCUUUCUUUGCAGCCAGCGAGCAGACGUUCCAUACACCAAGCCUCGGAGAUGAGGAGUUUGAAAUACCCCCGAUCACGCCACCUCCAGAGUCGGACCCCGCUCUGGGCAUGCCUGAUGUCCUUCUACCUUUUCAAGGCCUCAGCGAUCCGUUGCCUUCCCAGGGAAGUGAAUUCACGCCCCAGUUUCCCCCUCAAAGCCUGGAUCUUCCUUCCAUUACAAUCUCAAGAAAUCUCGUGGAACAAGAUGGCGUGCUUCAUAGCAGUGGGUUGCAUAUGGAUCAGAGCCACACCCAAGUUUCACAAUACCGUCAGGAUCCCUCCCUGAUCAUGAGGUCCAUCAUCCACAUGACGGAUGCUGCUCGCUCUGGGAUCAUGCCUCCUGCCCAGCUCACCACCAUCAACCAGUCUCAGCUCAGCGCCCAGUUGGGGUUGAAUUUGGGAGGUGCCAGUGUGCCCCACACGUCUCCUUCACCUCCAGCGAGCAAAUCGGCGACUCCCUCCCCUUCUAGCUCCAUCAAUGAAGAGGAUGCUGAUGAAUCCAACAGAGCCAUUGGAGAGAAAAGAGCUGCUCCAGAUUCUGGCAAGAAGCCCAAGACUCCAAAGAAAAAGAAAAAGAAAGAUCCCAAUGAGCCACAGAAGCCAGUGUCAGCAUAUGCCCUGUUUUUCAGAGACACACAGGCUGCAAUUAAAGGUCAAAACCCUAAUGCAACCUUUGGAGAGGUCUCAAAAAUCGUAGCAUCUAUGUGGGACAGCCUUGGAGAAGAACAAAAGCAGGUCUAUAAAAGGAAAACGGAAGCCGCCAAAAAAGAAUACCUGAAGGCCCUGGCUGCGUAUAGGGCCAGCCUCGUUUCUAAGGCUGCUGCCGAAUCAGCAGAAGCCCAGACCAUUCGUUCUGUUCAGCAGACCCUGGCGUCCACCAAUUUGACCUCCUCCCUCCUUCUCAGCCCUCCGCUGUCUCAGCACGGAACAGUGUCGGCCUCCCCUCAGACUCUCCAACAAUCGCUCCCUAGGUCAAUCGCUCCCAAACCCUUAACCAUGAGACUCCCCAUGAACCAGAUCGUCACUUCAGUCACCAUCGCAGCCAACAUGCCAUCGAACAUUGGGGCUCCACUGAUCAGCUCCAUGGUGGGCUCGGCGUCCUCCACCCAAGUGAGCCCUUCAGUGCAGACCCAGCAGCAUCAGAUGCAGCUGCAGCAGCAGCAGCAGCAACAACAACAGAUGCAACAGAUGCAGCAGCAGCAGCUCCAGCAGCACCAGAUGCAUCAGCAGAUCCAGCAGCAGAUGCAGCAGCAGCAUUUUCAGCACCACAUGCAGCAGCACCUGCAGCAGCAGCAGCACCUCCAGCAGCAAAUCAACCAACAGCAGCUGCAGCAGCAGCUGCAGCAGCAUCUCCAGCUGCAGCAGCUGCAGCACAUGCAGCAUCAGUCCCAGCCUUCUCCUCGGCAGCACUCCCCUGUCACCUCCCAGAUUACAUCCCCCAUCCCCGCCAUCGGGAGCCCCCAGCCAGCUUCUCAGCAGCACCAGUCACAGAUACAGUCUCAGACACAGACUCAAGUAUUAUCGCAGGUCAGUAUUUUCUGAAGACGCACGUGGCAGGCGGAUUUGCGCCUCUGGAGGAGAGUGGCGUCCGAGAGUAAACCAUGUGUGGCUGCAACUCGUGAGUCGGUGUUGGUUAUGCAGAAAUGUGUAAAAGAUCACGCGGUCCUCUCAAGUGUCUAUUAGAUAGGCAAUAAGAACUACAGUGUAGCUGAAAAUCAUCUUCUAGCUGACUCUAAACCACUUUGUUUUUAAACAAGAAAAGCUGUGCUCUUUUAUGUGAUGCCUUUUUUUAUUUAUUCAGGCUCUACCUACAAUAUGUGAAUCAAACCGUUUAAUGAAUCCUGGGACAUACUGAUGAUUAUAAUAAACUGGCCUCUCUGAGUCAUAGCAAAUGGCCUUAUUUCUCCCGAAGUGAAGAAAUCACACUUCAAGGCGAUUGGAACUUCCGAAGCCCUAAAAAUAAAAAGCACAGUCGUAACUACCUGAAAUACGAAAAUCCAGUUUCAUACAAACAUUUGUAUGACGUCAAUCGUUGAUGGCAUUUUUUUGUCAUGAAAAACAUAAUGUAAAUCACAGACUUUUGCCAAAGCUCUUAUUUUUUUUCCUUAAAUCUCUCCAGAAGAAAAAAAAAAUGCAAGUGAUUAGUUUCAAUUAUUGACUCCUUUUCACUUUUUACCCAUGACUUCUCCAAAUCAAACCACAGUAUAUGUUGUAACAAUAUCUAUGACCACUGUUAGCCCAUUAUAUUCAUUCCAAUUAGAAGAAAAGAAUGUGAAUAUUAUAUUCUGUGUUUUGAGUGACAAGUUUCGAAAAUGAAAAACACUGUAUUUUUAAAAGGGAAAUGCACUUAAAUGGAGACAGUUAUUACAAAAGUUAAGAUUUAAAAAAAAAAAAGAGCAAGAGUUUUUAUUAUGAUGUAAUACCGGUAGAAUAUUUAAAAGGCGCACCACAUCUGAAUAAUCAAUGUAAAUAUUUUCUUUCAAAGUUGUAAGUUUUCAUAUCAUGUGUUGUAAAGUUUUCAUAAACAAGGCUUUAACGUAAACACUGGUGACAUAAACCAUUCAUUGCUACGUUGCUUAUUGUGUUUUUAUGCUGUUUUAUACUUUUUUAUGAGUUAUGAUAGCAGCAAUUAAGUUGUUUGUAUUUUGCUUAACUAAAACAAAAAUGCUUUUAUCUUGCUAUAGAAUAAACACAUUUCAGUAAAAACUGCAGACUGUAUUUUGAUGCAACAACCAGGCAACUACUGUUCACUUUUCAAAAUAAAAUAUGUCAAAUUUCACUUUGGGUUCCUUGAAUAUGUAGAAGAUGGGGGGAAUAGGUCCCAUACCAACCUGUGUUUGAGCCCAAGCACCUUCUUCCAUUUCCAACUGGAAAUAAGAGAUUCAUAGCCAGGAAUGUGGAUUGCAUGGCCCCAAACCAGAGCCUGUAAAAAAACAAAUAAACCGUUAGAAACGGAACCAUUAGUGGAAUUCCCUGGCGGCCCAGUGGUUAGGACUCCUCGCUUUCACUGCCGAGGGCGCAGGUUCGAUCCCUCGUCAGGGAACUAAGAUCCCGCAAGCUGCACAGUGCGGCCAAAAAAGGGGAAAAAAGGAAAAGAAAUAGAACCAUUAGAAGUUUUUUAUGAUUAUCAUUUUGUUAAGAUGCAAGGGCAAGGUAAGUAUAGAGGAAGAAGCACUUGUCUUCUAUUUGGGGCUUGGACUAGCUGGCACUGUGUUUUUAUUGCUGUUAAAAUAGAUGGUGAAUGCUAAUUCUUAAGCCAAAAUAAUUAUUUCAGUGCCCAUUUCUUCCCCCCUUUUCCUGCUCUGUAGUGACUCCUCUUUGAGAACAGUGUGACCACUAUCCCCAGUUGUCCUGCAUGAUUAAUUACAGCAUCUGUCCUGUCAGAAGCUAUAAUGAAGAGGUCUUGAUAAAAAUUGCAAAUUACCACUGGCAACAGUCUUCAACUGCUUAUGAUAAAAUGAAAAUUAAAAACAGCAAGUGUUAACCCUGACCAGAAUCCUAAUCUGGAAAAAAUUAGGGUGUGAGUAGUGGUAUCCAUGGCUACUGUGUGCAAGACAUUCAAAAAAUAAUGGAAUAUGGAUUCCUCAAAGUUGUUGUAUUUCAAAGAAUAUUUACUGUAUGUUGUGGGCUAUGAAUAAUGAAUUCAGCUUUCAAUAUUUCAUAAUCUUCUCAUCCCCUGCAUUAUGUACAAAUAUUGAACAGCA